AUUACGGUGAUAGCGUACUGACUGAUAAGUCGCGGUACUGAUAGCGACAGCGGGCUACGCGCUACCACGCGACAACCUGACCACUGACCAGUAGCGCCCAUAGCGCCCAGUAGCGCCCAGCCUCACACUAGCCGUGUGUCUCCACCGCAACCGACAACCAACAUGCUCUCAAGGUUCCCGUGUCCGUGGCCAUGGGAGCUGGUAUGCGGCAGGGGGCCCGCGGGGCUGCGCGUGCGCUGCGUGUUGGCUGCGCUCGCCACCAUCGUGUACAGCGUGACGGCCCUGGCGGCGGUGCUGGCGCAGACUCCUCACUUGGCAGGCGUGCCCCACGUGGCCGGCGCGCCCCACUUGGCCAGCUUGGUGGCGGCCGCCGCCGUGCACCUGCUCGCCUGCUUGUUCAGUGCGCUGAUGAUCACCGGAGUGCUUAGGGAGGUGUCGUGGCUGGUGCGGCCGUGGCUGGCGCUGACAUGGCUGCAGGUGUGCGCCGGCGCACUGGCGCUGCUGCUGGCGCCGCUCGCCACCGCGUACGCCGCCGCCGCACUCCACCCCCUCGCCAUACAGUUCCUCAUCAUAAUGGUGCGGCUCUACAUGGUCACGGUGGUGGGCAAUUACUGCGCGCUGCUGCAGGAGGAGAGGGCGGAGUGCGAGCAGCUGGCCGAGCGGCGCGGCGAGCACCAAUACACCGACGUGUAGCGCACUCCUCUGCCCCGCUACUCGCCGGGGGGUUUCCACAAAGCAGAGAUGAGCGGAGACACGCAGGAUUCUUUCAAUCACCGUGAUUGAAAGAGCAACUGAGCGACCUCCCCGCACGCUGUGAUUACUUGAUUCAUGUCUCCAUUCAUCUCAUCUUGUCUUUAGCGGUUUAGACUAACCAAUUCACCCAGCUCGCCGCGUCAAGGUCACGGGCUGACGCUUCGAGAUCGGGAAAAUCGACGCUGUUAGACUCGCGCAAUUAGAAUACACGAUUUCGACCGCCGAGCCCGCGACCUGCGGCUUAGGGCACGAUGAAUGGCAAAUGUAAUAACCGCUUUUGGUGGAAAUCGUUGGUAUUACGGAGGACGCGUUGUGGUGUUCUGAACUUCCGCGGUGUGAGGCGAACUGUGACGUCACACGGCAUGUGCGUGUUAUGUGGAUAUUAUACAAUGAUUAUAGAACACAAUCAGCAAUAAAGUGAACAAUACAAUGUGCGCCCGCGCCGCCUUGUUCUUGCGCAGUAGGUUAGAUAGCUCAAGCAAUACUAUAUUAUAACAUCAAUACGCCAUGACAUACUUAGUUGCUAAAUUUAAUUUGUAAAUAUACGUUAUUUGUAAUAAUAAACAAAUUUAUUUAU